AACCUUGCAUAUUUCCAACCAUCCCUUGAUGUUUUUAAGGCCGUAACUUACAAAAGUGAAAAUAACGUCAUCGAGUGCUAUGAAGUUCUGCGUAUUUUUUGAAGUUGCGCGAAGUUGUGCCUCAAGAGCUUGAUAUUUAUUUGUUGAAUGGUUAGACCUACCCUAUCAAAAUUUUACUACCCUGUACUACGAGGGAUAGGAUUGGAUUUCACGGUUUUCGUAAGUGAGUCAGUGGAUACGUCCCAGUAUUAAACUGAAGAAUUCCUAUUAAAAUGGCUGCUACUACUGCAAAAAAUUUUCCCCAUGAAACGUCAGAAGGGUGAAAAUGAUAAUAUUGUAUAACAAACUUUAAUGAAUGUUUAUUCGUAGAUAAAAUAGAAGUAUUGAUUUAAACAUGAAGAUAAACACUACAAGGAUGACGACCCCAAUUGAAGAGAAGGUUGAUCAAAAACUAAAAGUUAGGACUGGAAUGGUAACUGUGAGUGAUGGAAAAAGUAGACCUAUCCCUGUACAGUUACAUCUUUCCAUGGAAGUAUUACGUUUACAGAAAGAAGAACUCUUACCACCUGAAUCUAAAGCAAUCAACACCAAGGAAAGAAUGGUACAGAUUAGAAGACAGAAAGUUGGAGGUCUUGGGCUUAGUAUUAAAGGAGGAGCUGAACAUAAACUGCCAAUUCUGAUAUCUAGGAUUUAUAAAAAUCAAGCUGCUGAUCAAACUGGAGAAUUAUUUGUAGGGGAUGCUAUUAUUAAAGUUAAUGGAGAAUACAUUACGGCUUGUCCUCAUGAUGAUGCAGUUAAUAUAUUGAGAAAUGCUGGAGAUUUGGUUGUUUUAACUGUGAAGCAUUAUAAAGCAGCUACUCCAUUUUUACAAAAACAAGAAGAUAAAGAGAUGCAGCAAGCAGCAGAAGCGAAUGGCGAUGAAAAGGCAGCUUCUGAUGAAAGUUUGAGAAUAACAAGUAGUACUAGUAGUAGACCCAGCUCUAUUUGUUCAGAGUUAGAUCAAGAGAAUCCAUUAACUCACUGGAUUGACAUAGUAACUGUACCUCUUAUGAUGGCUUAUGUCACACGAUACAUUUUUGGGACUGACAAACUUAGACCAAAUGCAUUUGAAGUUCGAGGGUUGAAUGGAAUAAGUACUGGGAUCAUUCAGUGUGACGAUUCUGCAAUAUUAUCUCAGUGGUUGAAAUAUAUUUCAGAUAAUAUUAUUGGAUUAACAAAUUUACAGAUGAAACUUUAUAAUAGAAACUUCAGUGUUUCGGAUCGUAUAGAAUACAUGGGCUGGGUGAAUGAGGGUGUUCUGAAUAAUAACCAUCCUUGGCAAAACUACAAACCUAGAUUUUUUGCAUUAAAGGGUACCGAUCUUAUGUUAUUUGAUAACCCACCGCUUAAUGUGACUGAUUGGGGAAAAUGCCCUCUGAUGUUUAAAGUGUAUCAAACAAUGUUCAGGGUGAUAAAAGAUUCAGAAAAUGUCGAUGAAAGACAACAUUGUUUCUUGGUACAAACAUCUGGUCAGGACUCCAGAUAUUUUUCUGUUGAAACCAGACAGGAACUUUUGAAAAUUGAAAAUGCUUGGCACUGUUCUGUAUGUACCGCCGUCAUGAAAUUAGGGAACAAGACUUUUACCGUGAGUAGUAAUGGAAAGACUGCGGGAUUAACAUUGGAUUGGAAUCUAGGAUUCUCUUUACACGAAGGUGAUUCUAAAACUCCCGUUUGGCAGUAUAAAUUUUCACAAUUACGGGGAUCAUCUGAUGAUGGAAAAUCAAAACUGAAACUCCAUUUCCAGGAUAUCGAAUCUAGAGUUAUUGAAACAAAGGAACUGGAAUGUUCGAUAUUGCAAAGUUUACUGUUCUGUAUGCAUGCGUUUUUGACAGCAAAAGUUGCCUCGGUGGAUCCAGGAUUUUUAUGUUCCGUGAUACCAUAGAUUUAGAAAAAAAUAGAACUGAUUUCAAAUUAAUUAGUAUCAAUUAUGGAAGCAGAAUAAACAUCAGUUUUGUUUACAGAUACCCACUGAUAUAUUAAUCAAUAAUUUUGUAAAAACCCAUAUAUAUUCUGUUACUCCCAAAUUCGUUGUUGUGAUUACCUGUAAACAAAAAUUUUGUGGCAAAUGUUCGAAAAGUAAAACUACUAAGAUGUUCACAUGGUAGUAGAUGAUGCACUUUUAAUACUUUUUUAUUUUUCUAUAUCUUAUUUUGUAACAAACUAGAAACUUUCCAAACCAAAGAAUUGAAUUGCAAUACUACUAUUCCUAAAUAUUUCCAUAUUUCCAAGAUUAUAAGCAUUCUUUUUUGGAUAAGGACACUGAAUUACUACAAAAAUUGAAUUAGAAAUUGUUAAUAUCUGAAGCAUAUCCUAGAAUAUCUUCUUAUAAAAAUAAAUUUCCUUGUAUUAUAAUAUACUUCACUAACAAUUACACUGUUUAAACCGUAUUUUUGAAUCAGAUAUCUAUAUCAGACUCUAAGGAACAAACAGUAUAGUGGUACUAAACUGUACGUUUAGUGUCUACAUGAAACAACAUUUCUAAAAAUCGUCUUUGGGAAUGUAUCUUUGGCUCCCUUAUAGAGCAUUGCCUUCUCUGAAAGCACCCAAUGGGAUUAAGUCUAGCAGAAAUUGAUGAGUCUAAAAACAGUUAGGAAAUGAAUGAAACACUCAAUGAGUUAAUCUAGACUAUCUCACAACUGCAAGUGAACACAACAAGAAACUUGGAAAACUGAAUAUCUAAACUCUUCAGAGCUACUGGAAUUGGAAAACAAAAACAAAUUUGACCCAUUUAACUUUGGCUUAGAGAUACACAUCACUAACAGAUAUUAGUAGAUGGUAGACUCUAAGCCUGUUAUACUAACUAAAAGAGGUAACUGGUACAAUGAUGACUCCAAGGAUGAAUGGAUAGGUCGGAGAAGGCUUCUAUUGAGGACACUCCAUAAUCAGUAAAUUUUUCUCACUUUGAGAACUUGCUUCCGUAAUGCAAGUAUUUGCUGUGAUGCAAUAAUUAAUUGAUGCCAUAGUAACAUAGCAAUCUGAAUCAGCUCAAACUGUAAAGCUGCCAUAAAAUCUAUAACUGUUGAAAUGGUUUCCUACAUGAACUAGCUCUUUUAGAUGCCUGGUCACCAACGAACAUAGAACCCAUUAUUAGUGAUGCUAUUACAUCACUUAGUAGUCUGAUUGCAAGAUUGAUGGAUACACCUGACAUAAGAUAGCCCAAGACACUUAUCAAUGGACCUUCUGCCUAUUACCAAUCAACUGCUUCACUUAAACAUGUGCCAAAUUCGACUGGUCACAAGUAUGUUAACCAGACAUGGUCAUUUGAGACGCCAUCUCCAUGCUUAGGCAUCAUACAGACGAUCUAAAAUGCCACUGGUGCAUGGAGGACAUGAAUCUGUUAGAAAUAUUAUUGGUGAAUGCCCAGUGUGCUUAGUGACAUGAAAAGAUUUAAGCCUGUUCAUGCACCAAAUCAACUAUGAACUAUUUAACUUUGGAUCGUUUCUGUAGUAUAGAUAAGGGUGGUAUUUGUAUGUAUGGAUUUUGGCCAAAGGAUCUAUUGUGUCCCUUCUUUCUUGCUGUGAUAUUGGAGAACCCAGUGCUUCUAUUUCAAGUGCUCCUAUCUACCUUCUUUUCCAUUGUUCUGUAGCUGAUAAUACAGAAAGGUUCAGGUUCGGGACUCAUGAAUGACUUGUCUGCCCCCCGCUUUAGCGAGCAAUAAAGCUCUGUUGUGUUUUUGGAAUCUAUUGUAGGGUAACUUGUUUUGCCUAGUUCGUUUAAGUUUUCUAGGCAAUCCCUAAGUUUGGAUAGUAUGUAAUUGGAGCUUAGAGCUCUAAUGGCUGUUUGACUAUUGGACAGGAUGAUGAUCUCUUAUUUGCGAUAGUUCCUCUCUAGAUUGAAAUGAACCCAUUUUUCAAUUGCAUAGAUUUCUACUUGAAAAAUACUUUGUGUGCUGCUCAGGCUUUCAGAGUGUUUGAUUCUAGGCCCAUACACUCUUAUUCCAGUUCUUUCUGCUGUUGAUGGCAUUUAUGUUUAUUUAUUUGUAUGGUGUUAUGAUAUCAUGGGUGGUAGUUACCACAAAAAGAUCCAGAUGACUGCUUAUAGAGAGGUCUAAAACUACUGAUAGGAAAAAUUAGGCUUGGUAGAAAUCAUUCAAAUAUUGCGUGGAGUAAUUCACAAGAGAUGCUCCUUAAAUAAAGUUUAAAUCCCGACUAGUAUUUUGUAAACAUUUGUGUACUGUGAUGUCCCACCUAUCAUCUGUCGUUUUCGCCAUCUGUUUACUUCCAUUACACUAACACCGUCUUGUAUUUGCGCCAGACAUGAAUCUAUGGAAGGCUCAAAGGACUAGAUGGUUUUAUUGUUGUGGGGUUAAUAGUUUUUUUGGUAUGAAUAUCAUCACACUUUUCAGAAAUUCCAAUUUAUUUGAUUUUUAGACAUUUUUAUUUAAAAUCUAGUUAAAUAUUCUUUGGUUUGGAAAUAAUAAAAUGUUUUUAUAGCUCAUAAAUAUAACGAUGUUCCUCGUAAACUUUAGAUUAAAAUUGAGUUGUUUUUAAUUAAUUCUGUAUUUCUAGAAAAUACUAACAUCAACAUACUAGUUAGAUAUGAUUCAUUGACUGUUCAAAUAUUUAUCCACAUUUAAAAAAAAUUGUAUACAUCAAUACUAACUACCAGAAGUAAUUUAACAAGUAUUAUUUAGAACAGGGCUGAGACAAAUGGAUUUAUAUUUUGGAAAAUAAUGAAUAUACAAGAAGAUAACAGUUUUCUAUAAUUUAUUUUUUAUAUAAUGUGCGUUUUAUGUUGUUAUUAUGUUUUGAAAAAUACUGUUUAGGUAUAGAUAUACAAGUUAUUUGCUAUUUUUUAUUGAGUAUAAUCCUUAAUUUGUGUUUACUUAGAACGUCCAAUUUAUAAUCAAAGAAGGAUAUACAAAGAACUAACUUUAUUUUUACAUUAUCUACAUAUUAAUUAAACCGCGACUUUUUUAUAAUAAAUUGUAUAAAUUGCUUAUUAUUUUGGUACAGUUCACUACCAACACUCACAAUUACACUAUUUUACUCUCAUUUUGAUUACCAAGUUACCAUCUUCAAAUAUUGAUCUUGCUUAUAGUAGUUACGAACUAGUUUACAACAUAUGUCGAAAGAAAUACAUCACAAAUAAUAACAUACUAGGAGUAUUUAAUAAUUUAGAACAAAAAUCGUAAACAAAUAUUAUCGAAAGUUUAUCAUUGCGUUACAUCACAUUUAACAUGAAUUCUCAUGGGCAUUGUAUUGGGUUGGCGACAUAGUAAUUUCGGUUUUGUAGUAUAAAAUAAAUUUAUUUUAAUUGCUUUAUAGACGGUUUCAUAAUAGUGCAGCUUUUCAGGUUCAUAAAAACUGGAAAGCUCUAACUACAGAACCAAAACCGCUAAAGGCAAGUCAUCAUAGUUAUCUCCUCUUGCCUUUUGGUCCUCCAUCCUGCAUGAUUAAACGAAUGCUUUGUUGAUCAUUUGUGCUCUGUCUAAGAUAGUGACUUUAAAAUUUCCAUCCGUAUCUACCAUUUCCAUUUGAAGCAUUCUUCGGUAGUGACUUUGAAGGCUUUGUAUGACACAUUGGUUCAUUUGUUGGUCUAGUAAGAAGCAAAGUUUUAUGUUUUUAAGAUCAGUGUAAUUUUGAGUGUAUAUGGUAAUCACUAACGAUUCCAGAAAUUCAACUCAAUUACUCUGGUAGUAGUAUUUUGUAGCAACUCAUUUUUAGGUAAACUUAGGAGCAUAUCUAGAUACUUACUACUCACAAAAGUGAAAUAAAAGUUUGUAAAAUAACAGUGUUUACCUGCAAAUAGGAUUUGUUUUUCCUUUAAGAAGAACAAAAUCAAUUAACUUCCACUAAUGUAAAAAUAUAUCUUUAAGGCUUAGAAUAUACGCAUAUUUUUUAAUGGUUUGAUGUCUUCAUAAUUAUUUAAAAGUUUAUGGUUGCUUAACUCGUAUUUUUCUAAUUUUAUACCGGCUAGGAAGACGAAAACAAAACACAGUCAUCAAUCCAAUCAUUAGAAAAUUGUUUUUACCAACUGUUGCUAUGAUGAAUGUCUCACUAAUUUAUCAGUACUAUAUAAGGUUUAAUCAUUUUUCGUAAAUUUCGUCAUAAGGAGUGUGGGAUAUGUCCGCUAUUUUGGAUGUCAACAGUGGUGUAUUCUGAGACACCAAUCAUGUGUCAUCUAUCGAUACUACCACCUGUCAACUGUCGUAUACUCCCUCUUGGAUGUCAUUUGUUUAUAUACUGUUAUGUCUCACUCAUCAUCGGUCGUUUGCUCCAUCUUGGAUAUCAUCUGACGUCUGUACUGUGAUGUCUCACCCAUCAUCUCUCGGUUCCGCCAUCUGUCAAUUGUUGUGUGCGUUUAUUGUCUAUGACCGCACCCAUUAUCUGUCUUAUUGUCUAUGAUCCAAUAUCAUCUGUGGAUACUGCCAACUUGGAUGUCAUCUGUCGUGUUUGCUGUGUUGUCGUUGUCAACUGUCGUUUCGGUCAUCUGUCGAAAGAUCUGUUUGUUUUCGUCUAACUACCCUGUAUACAAUUCCAGAUAUUAUUUAUGUUGAAGACGGACAUUAAACAAACUAUUAAAUAAGUAUUGUGUAUGUUUGUUAUGAUGCCUUUGUGAAUCAGUGUUUUGUACGAGAUACAAAAUUAGUGAACGUUAAAAAUAGUCUGAUACUCAAAAAAUGCACAAGUAUGAAGUAGAACAAAGUAUAAAUUGAUGUACUCAAGCUAUUUUUAACUGAAUAUAUUGUUUUGUAUAAUGUGAGGCAUGGUUAGUUUCUCGUUUUAAAAAGUAACAAUAUAAAAAUUAUUUUCUGUGUACAGGGGUUCGUCCAAAGUUUUAUUUUAAUUGGUGUAAAAAAACUACAUUUAAAGGUGACCACUGUUCUUGUAAAUGCAUCGAGGUAGCAGAAAUUUGAAUUUUGUUUUACAGUUGACCAACCAUAUAAACCAUAAAUUUUAGCUAACCUCACAGGUAUUAAUCACAUGGUAGUCAUUGAAGAUUAAAAGAUAAAGAUAAAAGUGAUGGUUCCCACGAGAGAUCAAUUGAUCUUGUUUGAUCUGUGGUACCAUCUUGUCGAAACUACGUUUUCUCUACAUCCAUAUGGAGUUUGGCCAAUAAAAAAAUCCUCCAUUAUGUUGACAUGACGUUCAGAAUUGACUUACAAGAUCUAUACACCAAUAAUAACUAUUCUAGAUAUUGCAUACCAACCAGAUAUAUGUUCUAUAUGCUACUCAUGAAGUUUUUUUGAGUUUGUGAGGCUAAAAAAAUUUGUUCAUGUAUUCUGAAAUAAGUAAAUAAGGAAGUAGAUUAUCGAGUGAGGUUUCAAAUGCAUUUUAUAGCUUUGUAUACUUUUAUAUUGGUGGAAAUUGAGUUAUUCAUGAAGAAUUUUUAACGCUGUGCGGUUAGAAAUCCCUAAUGCAGCCGAAUGUUUGCUUGGUGAUCGUUUUUUUUUACCUUUUUGAUUUUUGGAUGUUUUAAGACGAAGUGAUUAUUCUACAAGGUUGUUUACGUUUUUUUGCACACUAUUGGUAUGCAUAAACGUACCUACACAUCAACAAACUGAUUUCCGAUUAUGUACAUCACCUGUAGGCGCCAUAUUGAGAUAUCUUUUGAAUGCAUGUUGAAUUGAAUGACUGAAGGAAAAGUAAUCUCCACGAGGAACGCGAAACUUACUUUCAUAAUUUCCUUUUGGUGGAGUAAAUAAGAAAGUAACCACGCUCCACGUUGUAUCAUUGUCUGAGACAAAAAUAAAUAAGAAAAAGAUCUUUUUAUGUUCAUGUAUAUCACUUUUUUUACAGCAUUCAGAAUAUUUUUAUGGGAUGAUUAAUUAAAAUUAAAACCGCAUACCAUAGUAGCUUAUAACUAAAUUGAAAUUUCAGAAAUGCUUCAACAUACAAUAAAUAAUAUUCAAAUUGAGGUAAAAAAUAAUAUGAACAAUUAUUUUUCAUGAAUUUUAAUUAUAUUAGUGGUGCUCCCAUCAUCCAAUGGAAUCAAACCAGUUGACAUUAGUAGUAGUACACCGAGACGGAAUAGUUCAGCAACAAUUUUUUGAUAAUGUGAUAGCUUUACAUCAAAAAUAGUAAAUGUGAAAGAAAUUUAACAACAUAACCUCAAAAAAAAAUUAAGGAUGGUGACCUCUUAGUUAAAUAUGAUUCUGUACACGUCUAGGUUUGAUAAAAGAUGAUCGAUGUUUACUUUCGCUGCACCAACUCAAACAUUGAAGACAGUCGUUUGAUUUGUAACGGCAAGGUACAUUGUAAAUAGGUGAUUCAGAAUUUUCCGUCAAUUUCUGUUAGACUAAAUCUCAUCAGGUGCUUUCUGAAUCGGUUAUAUCCUGUAAAGAAAUCAGUGAGAAGGUGUAGCAUAUUUUUGCUAAGAUGGAGAUAUUUAUUAGAUCCCACCGUAUAGAAUUCCAAAGGAGUGGAGUAGUCUAAUAUUGAAGCAUCUUUCAAUACUAUAUCUAUUAUAAACUUCUUUAUCAAACUAUUUGUAGCACAAUCGCAAAAUAGUAUUAUACAGCUAGUUGUCUAGAAGUGUCUGUUUAACGCUUGGUUGAAAAUUUGAUCUUCUGCGCGUUUAUCUACGUACUUUUGUUUACAUAUGAUUCUUUCAGUGACGGAAGUCAUUUUGUUAUGUUUAACUUCUUGUUUAAUCGGCGCUACGGCUGCUAAUUCUUUCUGUCCUAAGCAUGGUUCUCCAACGUCGAACCUCUAGCUGUUUCAGAUCCGCCUUAUCGUCGUACAACCAGUGAAGGUGCUGGCUUCCUCUGAAUCGCCGUUCUCCUCCGGAUCCUCCACGCACCGUUCUGGCAAACAGGACAAAAAAUCUUUCUUAGGACUACGGGACAUUAUUGUCUUUUAAAUUGUGUGCUUUGAUUUUCGUGAGAGCCCUCUAAACUUGAGCGCUCUCUGGACUGCCCAGAAGCAUCUGUUCUCCGCAGCUCUUGCCUUGAUCUCCGUUGUCACUCCAUUAUUUUCAGUUAUGUUCUCUGACUUGGAACGUGGAUUGGGAACUUGGUUGAGGUUCUCAUGUUCAUUGAUUUUGAGUAUACUGGCUUUAGCUGCUCGCUCGAACUCCUCAAACCGCUUCUGAAAGAGCCGAAGUGAUUUGUGCCAUCAUGUCAACAUCAUCCGCAUAGGCGAGGUGCUGUGUGAGUUUAUUGCAAAUCGUUCCUUCGGGAUUCGUUUGGGUGCUCCUUGCGUUACCUUCCAGUGAGAACUUAAACAGUGUUGUCGCUAGUGUUAUGUUUAACGUAACUUAAUAUCUGCUGUUUGGUUUUUUAAACAGAUAUCUUUACUAAAAAAAUUUUCUUUUAAACACGAUAGAAGAAAUUAUUUAUUUUUGGUAUCAUCCUUCUCAGUUGAAAAUAUUCGAUUUUUAGUUGCCAUAACCAACUGCGGGGAAACCUCCCCAAAAUUUCUUUUUUUGUAUUAUGGAUAAACAUAUUUGGUUGUGUUAUUUUGUCAAGCCUUACAUUACAUCUGUAUGCUGUACAAAAAGUACUAGGUUAGUAGUUUAUGUGUCAUUAUUGCUAUUUUGAACAUAAACUAAAAAUAGCGAAGACUCUUAUUAUUAAGGAUCUAGUUGAAGAAAAUCAUUGUAACUCAUCAUAUCAUAUCAUUGUAGAUAACUUCCAAACUAAUUAUUGAUAGUCAAUCAUGGAUUCGUUCAAUUAUAAAUAUAAUCGAGCAAUAAGUGUACUAGAAGUUUAAGGCAUCCCAUUUUAACAAUUAUUUUACAUUUAAAAAUAAAAUUUUGUAUAUCACAACCAUUUUUGAAAAGGAAGUUGGAAUUUUUAAUUAGUGGCUUAUAGGAACUGAGAAAACUGUAUCCAGUGUGUAUUGUGUUUUGAAAAGAUUCAUUAAAACCAUAUAAAGUAAAUUCAAAAUAUAACCUCUAAAUAAAACUAUUUUCGCUUCAGCUCCUUGUUCAAGGUUAUUUUCUCUAUUAUUAUAUCUGUCGUGAUUUCCUGUAAUUUAUUCUCUAAAAAUUUAUUCUUUUUCGACAGCGACGUGCUGAAAAGUGACAAUGUAACUGUCAAUACAGUUUCACGUACCUACGUCUGGCCACAUCGAUGUAUAUCUGAUAACUGAUCUACAUUCCAUUAAUUGAUUAAAAAAAUUGGGAUGUCCUUUACUUUAUCCUAAUUCUUGACUAGUUUUUCGAACCAAAGUUUAAUGAGUGAUCUUAUUGUUAAUUAUUGUUGUAAACAUCGCAUAAAUUUUAGAAUUUAUCAAAUUAUUUAGGUAAAUGCUGACGAUAUCUUAACACUUUUUGAUUGUCCCUCGUAUCUUUGCUUUCAUUUGAAUCUAAAAAGUUUGUUGUUUAACACGUUAACUUUGACCCUUACAUAAAAGAAUAUUUAUAUCAAUGACGGCUACCGUUUCAUGCUUACCAGAUGACGCUAGUGGGGAGUAAAGUAUUGAAGUAUAGCUGUCAAAUUUGUUAUUACCAGAGAUAUGAAGGGGAGAAUAAGCGUCAACAUCCGCGAAUAUACUAAUGCUGUGAACUGCCAUUUUGAUCUUAGAUUCGGCGGCAAAUUUGAAAAUACGAUAAUCUAUAGGGCUUAACUUUAUAUCAUAUAACUUGUAUGAAAAUUGUAAUAUUUUAAAACACGUGAAAACAAUUUUAAAAUAAGCAACACUUCAACAUAGAGAAUGUAUAGAUGUGUAGGUUAACUUAUUUUUUUCUUUAACCGGAGCUACGGUCCUUUGAGAACCAGGUCCUUCUCAACAAUCGACUAUUAAUCCUUCCUGUCCUGAGCGUGGUACUUUCAACGUCGAAUUCUUAGUUGAAUCAAGUUCAACAUCAUCCAUCCAGCAAAACGCGGUUGGGAAGAAGAUCAAAAUGGAGGUUUCACGGCGUCCAUUGAAAUUUGGUUGCGCACUCGUCUAAGCUUAUUAUCUCUUCCAUAUCUCUUGUCAUUACCAUGUCUAAAUAGAUAAAUAAUAUUCCAGUAACGUAAAGAUAAAUUUCUGAAAGAGAAAAUGUUAUGUUGGUAAUUUUGUGAUACUUUCAAUAGAAAAAAUUUAUAACUGUAAUUUAUGUGACAAGAUAUUCAUUUGUUGGAAAAAUUGUACCUAGAAUGAAAGGGAGAACGAACUAUUUAUGUAAAAUACUUCAACUCAAAACAUAGACAAUUAUACCUAUCCAAAAUAUUCCCAUAGUGACAUUUUGGGAACAUUAUAGUACAGCAGCGCACCUAGUGGUUAGCUCUUAUUGGUUAGUACUAAAAUUACAAAUUUGAAGAUACAAGGUGGAAAAUAAUGAUUUGACAUUGAAAAGAAUGAAAAUGAAAAUUUUGUAUAAUUAGACUAUUCUAUUAACUAUGGAAUCGUUUGAGAAAAUCGUCGGUAUUUGUUAUUAUUUAAGUCUAACUUAAAAUAUAUAACUUGUUACGAAAUUUGAAGAUUCUUAUGAGAAAGGUAAUUAUUUAGCUUUGCUUAAUAUUCUGAAUUAGAUUAUAAGAUUAAUACAGUUUAAAUAUGGUUGUGAUUCAAUUCCAAAGCCUUUUGUUCACUUAUACAAGUGAAUGUUAAUUUUUGCGCCUAUAUUUAUAAAUAUUUUUCUUGUAGAUAUUUUCUUAUUAUUCAAUUUUAGCAAAUAGCAGUUUUUUAUUUGUAUGUAGUAGAAUGUUUUUCAAAUUAGUCAUUCAGUGAAUGAUUAUUGAAAUUACCAUUUUUCAAUUUUAUCAUACAUUUAUAGGAUUUUUAGUUGAAAAAAAUGUUUAAUUUCAUUUGGGGGUCAAAAUAGGUGAAAAACUACAAUGAAAAUCACUAUAAAGAUAUUUUGAAAAUGUGAAAAAAUGGUAUAAAUAAAAAUUGUGAAGAAUAACAUUUUCUAUAAAAUCGUCUAGAUUUUCUUUCGACUUUUUUGCAAUAAAUAUUUGUUAUGUGGAAACUUUUAAAAUCAUCUACAUCUAUUUAUUCAAAACAUUAAAAUUUAUAUUUCUAAAAAAAUUUUUUUAAAUCUCAUUUUUACAUAUAUUUAAUAAAAGAUAAUUGAAAAGUCACAUUUUUUAAGAGCUAUAAAAACUAUAUUUCUAUUAUCCAAUUUCUACCGCAAGUAUGCCAAAACUGUGUCGAUAGAAGACCUUUCGAAUUUUUUUGAGAUUAUUUCAAAAACAUUGUUUACACUACCACUACACCAAUCACAAUUACACUGUCUGAUACGCGUUUCGAUAACCAAGUUAUUGUCUUCAGAGACUGAACUUUCAGUUUACCUUGGGCUCCAAGGUAAAGGAGGAGAAUUUGGUUAUCGAAACGUUCGUCAGACAGUGUAAUUGUGAGUGUUGGUUCAAUAUAUUGAGUACAAAUGUCAGCAACCAUUUCAAAAAUUUCAACUAAAUGAAGGUCUGUACGUUUACUACUUCUACACCAACACUUAAAUUACAUUGUCUGGUCCUUCGAUCCGGAUAUGCACCUAUGGCUCGAAAAACCCGACAAUGUAAUUAUGAGUGUUGGUGUAAUAUUUUCAGUAUGAAUAUAAAUAUCACUAACAGUACUAGAAAUUACAACUUACCAAAAAAGUGUUAUAGGGUAGUUUAUAAUUUUCUACCCCCAAAAUGAGAUUCAACUUUUCACAAUAAAUCCUUUAAAUGUAAGUUGAAAUGAACUGGUAUGGUAACUUGAAUCCUCUUUCAAUUGUUCUAGUGCUUUUUGUUAUUUUUAGUUUUAAAUUUUUCUAUACUGUUAAUUCUAAGGAUGUAAUGCGUUAAUCAAUUAUUCUGAGAUUGAAGACCAAAUAGUAUGUUCACCUAUGAAAGUAUAGUUAUUACUCGUUGACAAUAUAAAUAAAUUUAUUUAGUAUCUUG